AUGUCUUUCAAUAGUUUUACUCAUUGGACCCCCGCAGUUCCGUUUAAAAAGCCAGAUAAUAUUAUUUCUUCAGAAUAUGCCUCCUUGAAAGUUUUCACACCAUCAUAUGAAAAAGAAUCAUAUAUACCCAUGGAAGAGUUGAUAGCUUUUGAAUACCAGCGGAUUUGGUUGUCUGAAAGAGACGAAUGGGCUCGUAAGACAUUUCCACCUAAAAAUAAUCAUCGAUUUUCACAAAGAAGAGACAGCAAGAAUAUUCAAAAAAAUAAAAAUGGUACCAUUAAGAAUGAUGGUAAUAAAAGCAGUAGUAAAACUAACGAGAGUACAGUAAAAAAUAAUAAACCAAGAAAAGUUAAGAAAUAA